GAGAGUUUGUCUAAAGGAUAAGCUGAAACUGAAACUGAAACUGAAACAUGGUAUCUCUGUGUUCCUUCACUUCUUUUGCAUGUGACAACCUUUCUCUUUCUCUUUCUCAGUCUCUCAAACCGUCAUCAUUGCCUCUCAUUCACUCUUUCACACUUCCAAGAAACACUAUCAGGAAGAAGAACGGUGCUAGUGUGAGGCCUCUGUUCUGUGCCCUCAACAACAAUAACAACAACACUGCCUUGCAGUACAGAACCCUCGGCGACUCCGACCUCAACAUCAGCGAAAUCACUCUUGGUACUAUGACCUUUGGGGAGCAAAACACUGAGAAAGAAGCUCACGACAUUCUUAAUUAUGCAUUCGACCGUGGAAUUAACGCUCUCGACACUGCUGAGGCCUACCCAAUUCCAAUGAAGAAAGAGACACAAGGAAGCACUGAUCUCUAUAUUGGUAGCUGGCUCAAGUCUCAACCUCGUGACAAGAUUAUUUUGGCUACCAAAGUAUGUGGUUAUUCUGAGAGGUCAAGUUACUUGCGUGAGAAUGCAAAUGUUUUGCGGGUUGAUGCUGCAAAUAUCAAAGAAAGUGUAGAGAAAAGCCUUAAGCGCCUCGACACUGAUUAUAUUGAUUUGCUGCAAAUUCACUGGCCAGAUCGAUAUGUUGCAUUGUUUGGCGAGUUUUCCUAUGAUUAUUCAAAAUGGAGAUCCAGUGUGCCAUUUGUUGAGCAAUUGCAAGCUUUCCAAGAACUUAUCAAUGAGGGAAAGGUACGCUACAUAGGUGUUUCAAAUGAGACUUCAUAUGGAGUGAUGGAGUUUGUUCAUGCAUCGAAAGUUGAAGGCCUUCCAAAGAUUGUCAGUAUCCAAAACAGCUACAGCUUGCUUGUUAGAUGUCGUUUUGAAGUUGAUCUUGUGGAAGUUUGCCAUCCAAAGAAUUGCAAUAUUGGCUUACUAGCCUAUUCCCCACUUGGAGGUGGAUCACUCACAGGAAAAUAUAUAGAUAUAAAUUCUGAAGCUGCAAAAAGUGGAAGGCUUAACCUCUUCCCUGGUUACAUGGAAAGAUAUAACAAAUCAGUGGCACGGGAAGCUACUAUUAAGUAUCUUGAGUUGGCCAAGAAGCAUGGGCUAACUCCUGUUCAACUUGCACUUGGAUUUGCAAGAGAUCGUCCAUUCAUGACAAGUUCAAUAAUUGGUGCAACCUCUGUGGACCAGCUAAAAGAAGAUAUUGAUGCUUUCACAACAACUGAGAGACCUUUACCAGCAGAAGUCAUGGCAGAUAUUGAAGCUAUCUUCAAGAGAUACAAAGAUCCUGCCAUUCUUUAAUGAUUAUACCUUUUAAGUUUACUUACCAUUGAUUGCCAAAACACUGCUAUUGAUUCAUCCUGUUCCCCAUUCCUCUAUUCUUUUUGUCAUGAUUAAAAUUAGAGGAUGAAUAAAAUGCAUAUUGAAUCAUUACAUGUAAACUAGGAUUUACAAAAACUGUCUGCAUUCAUUCCCUCAAUGCUAUUAGGACUUGCCAUUUUGUUAUUUAAGUCUCUAGUGUACUGGCUACUGAUUUUUAUUGUUUAGAUGACAUUCUCACCUUUAUUUGA